UGAGCUUCGGCGGCGACGGCGGUAGGACGGCCGGGGGUGGCGGCGGUGGGGACGCUGGUCGGACCACCGCGCGGUGACCUCCGGUCCCAGAGUGGUCGCGGCGCAGCCGGGCAUCGGACCCGGUGCGCUUCCCCGGUGCGCGCCCCUCCGCGCGCGGCCCCGAUGCUGGACAUGAGCGAGACCCGCGCCCAGCCGCCGUGCAGCCCGUCCGGCACCGCCAGCUCCAUGUCGCACGUGGAGGACUCGGACUCCGACGCGCCGCCGUCGCCGGCGGGCGCGGGGGGCGGUGGCCGGGGCGACGCGGCCGAGGCGGCGGACGAGCGCUUUCCGGCCUGCAUACGCGACGCUGUGUCGCAGGUGCUCAAGGGCUACGACUGGAGCCUGGUGCCCAUGCCCGUGCGCGGCGGCGGCGGCGGCGCGCUCAAGGCCAAGCCGCACGUGAAGCGGCCCAUGAACGCCUUCAUGGUGUGGGCGCAAGCGGCGCGCCGCAAACUGGCGGACCAGUACCCGCACCUGCAUAACGCUGAGCUUAGCAAGACUCUGGGCAAGCUGUGGCGCUUGCUGAGUGAGAGUGAGAAGCGCCCCUUCGUGGAGGAGGCAGAGCGGCUGCGGGUUCAACACAAGAAGGACCACCCGGAUUACAAGUACCAGCCGCGCCGGAGGAAGAGCAUGAAGACGGGCCAGAGUGACUCUGACUCUGGCGCCGAGCUGGGCCACCACCCAGGCGGUGCCGGGUAUAAGACCGACACAGGCCUCGGGGACGCACACCACCAUAGUGACCACACAGGGCAGACCCACGGGCCUCCCACCCCGCCCACUACCCCCAAGACGGACCUGCACCACGGAGGCAAGCAAGAGCUGAAGCUGGAAGGCCGCCGCCUGGUGGACAGCGGGCGCCAGAACAUCGAUUUCAGCAACGUGGACAUCUCGGAGCUGAGCAGCGAGGUCAUCAGCAACAUGGACACCUUUGACGUCCACGAGUUUGACCAAUACCUUCCCCUCAAUGGCCACUCAGCCCUUCCCGCAGAGCCGGGCCAGCCCACCGCCAGCUCCUAUGGGGGUGCCUCCUACUCGCACUCCGGGGCAGCGGGCAUUGGGGCGUCCCCUGUGUGGGCCCACAAGGGAGCUCCGUCAGCCUCCACAUCGCCUGAGGCUGGUCCCCCUCGGCCGCACAUCAAGACAGAGCAGCUGAGUCCCGGCCACUACGGUGACCAGUCACACGGCUCUCCAGGCCGCACUGACUACAGCUCCUACAGUGCCCAGGCCAGCGUCACCACGGCUGCCCCUGCUGUGGCCGCCAGCUCCUUCACCAGCUCCCAGUGCGACUACACCGACCUACAGGCCCCCAACUACUAUAGCCCCUAUGCCGGCUACCCGUCCAGCCUCUACCAGUACCCCUACUUCCACUCAUCCCGCCGGCCCUACACCUCGCCUUUGCUCAGCAGCCUCUCCGUGCCACCCGCCCACAGCCCCCCCAGUAACUGGGACCAACCCGUGUAUACCACCCUGACCAGACCCUGAGGGCACCAUGGCCACACAGAGGGCCCUGUGUGGGCGGAGGAGAACCUUUGUCUCGGCAAAGACAGAGCCUGUGAGGUCUCCUGGGAGGCACUGGCCAUGAGGGAAGCAGAGGCAGUCGUGUGCCCGGCUCCAUCAAGUGCCUGCUGAUGUGUGCAGGAAACCAUGCUUGUAACUGAGCCCCUUUGCUCCCAGAUCUCUUAACUUCUGGCAACGGACAAAGCCCUUUUUCUCCCCUCUCUCUCUUUUUGCGGUGACUGGCGACGUCCGAAAGACGGCCAUUUUGGUCUCUUUUCUGCGCAGACGCCAGUGCCUUGGUUUUUGCAUCUUAGUGGAUGCAAAACGGCAGCCACAGUACAGAGGACAAAAGGACAGAGACACAGGGUCUCCAGGCAGCCUGCUUGCUGAGGUCCUGGCCAGCCUCAGCACUGAGAACUCCCAGGACCAACGGAUGACAUUCCCACGGCGAAACAGCACCUCCACAGCCUGGUCGGGGGAUGCCUCUGCAGGAGCACCUCUUGGGACCAGCUCGUGAGAUCUGAGGCGUUCCUUGUAGUUCCUUGUAGGGUUCUUCCAAGCAAGGUUUGGCUGUGAUUAACACUUCUCUUUUUAUUUUAUAAUUUUUUUAUUUUUGAAGCUUAAAAUGUCUUUGAUUUGUUUUGAAAGCUAUUAAAAUGUAUUUAUGUCCUGUAUUAUUUUAUCUUAAAUGAAUGAAGUCAUUUGUGCAGAGAGUAGAAUUUAAGACAAAAUGGAAGCCUGGGAGCUGAGGGCUUGAGCCAGGAGGGCAGGUGGCCGUUGGGGCCCUCGCUCUGGGCCAUUUGGAGUCUGGCUGCUGGGAGGGGCUGGGGAGAGCCUGCGCUCCAGGCUCCCGGGAGGCAGCUAGGACCUCGAUGGAGAAGGAAUUUGCCUUGUAGUGUUCAGAUCAGGUUGGGGUGCCCCUGGCACCUGGUAUUAAGUUGAGGUUUAGAAGGCAGGGGCACCGUUGCAUUUCAUUCCUGCCCAUAACUAUGCCAAGUGAGAAAGACGGGAAUUUCCUGGGAUGUGGUGGCUUCAGACACACGUUAAUCUUGGCUCUUAGGAACCAGAUGCCACCUCCAAGCUGUGAAACUAAAAUCUUCUCCACUAAGCGUUUUUAGAUUCUUCGUUUUAGACGAAUAAUACCUGAUUUACCUGUACUGCUUCCGCUGUAUGCUGAGCUACGAUAACUGCCCACUUCAUGGAAACUUGUGCCUUUAAACUUUGUAAUUAAAACUUUGUACAUUUAAAUACA